AUGGCUGUGAAGUCUCUUCUGUGCUCCCACAACUCUUUGUCUCCCCUUCCUUCCCCUCCCUCUCUGCAGAAAUGGAAGCAGCUGUCCAGGUUGCAGCGCAGUCUCCUUCUCUUCCUGUUCGCCCUGCUGGUGGUCUGUGGCAUCACAACGUACCCGAACCUGGCUGAGCACUGGAGAGCCCUGACGGACAGGUCUAUGAAGGAAGACGGGAUCGCCGGAGGCCUCCAUGACCCGAAGCCUGUUGUCCCAGGCGUCGUUCCCGAGUUGGAGAGGAAGAUCCCGCUGGUCUUACCGGAGCCCCCUCCCUUGAAGCCCAGGAAGCCCUUCUCCAACAGGCGGGGGCCUCCCGCGCUACAGCACCGGGACCAGAAGAGGGGCAACGUGUCGGAAUUGGAGGUGGAGGCGAGGGCGAGGGAGAGGGAGAGGCCGGCAGAGAAGGGCCGGGGAGAGGAGGAGGGAGAGAAAUUGGUCAGCUGGCACGGCACGAUCAUAGAAGCCGAUCGGGCCUCGGAGCCACCCCCCUCCGCCCAGGAGGACGAGGCCGCGGCCCCGGUCGCGGGGGGUGGAGGAGCCGCCCCGCUGGGACCAGUGGCGGUGAGCGAGCGGCAGCGGGCCGUGGUGGAGGCCUUCCGGCACGCCUGGAAGGGCUACAAGGAGUUUGCCUGGGGCCACGACGAGCUGAAGCCCGUCUCCAAGUCCUACAGCGAGUGGUUCGGGCUGGGCCUGACGCUCAUCGACGCCCUGGACACCAUGUGGGUCCUGGGGCUGAAGGAAGAAUUUGAAGAAGCCAGGAAGUGGGUGGCUACUGAGCUGUCGUUCGCCAGGAACGUGGACGUGAAUCUGUUUGAGAGCACGAUCCGCAUCAUGGGGAGCCUGCUGAGCACCUACCACCUGACGCAGGACAGUCUGUUCCUGGACAAAGCGAAGGACAUAGGAGCCCGACUGAUGCCGGCAUUCAACACCCCGUCCAAAAUCCCGUACUCCGAUGUGAACAUCGGGCGCGGCACCGCCCACCCUCCGCGCUGGACCUCGGACAGCACCGUCGCCGAGGUGACCAGCAUCCAGCUGGAGUUCAGGGAGCUGUCUCGCCUCACGCAGGACAGCAGGUACCAGAAAGCAGUGGAUGACGUCAUGAAGCACGUGCACAAGCUGGAGGGCAAACAGGACGGCCUGGUGCCCAUGUUCAUCAACACCAACAACGGGCAGUUCACCCACCUGGGCGUGUUCACGCUGGGCGCCCGGGCCGACAGCUACUACGAGUACCUGCUGAAGCAGUGGAUCCAGGGAGGGAAGACGGAGACUGAGCUGCUGGAGGACUACGUCCAGGCGAUCGAGGGGGUGAAGAAGAACCUCCUCCGCAAGUCGGAGCCCCGGAAGCUGACCUUCGUGGGGGAGAUGUCGCACAGCCACUUCAGCCCCAAGAUGGACCACCUGGUGUGUUUCCUUCCGGGCACCCUGGCGCUGGGAGCCCACAAUGGGGUGGCGGAGGACCACAUGGAGCUGGCCGAGCAGCUGAUGGAGACCUGCUACCAGAUGUACGCGCAGGUGGAGACCGGCCUGAGCCCCGAGAUUGUCCACUUCAACCUCGUGCCCCGCAGCGGCAAGGACGUGGAGAUCAAGCCUGCGGACAGACACAACCUGCUGCGCCCCGAGACCGUGGAGAGCCUCUUCUACCUGUACAGGUUCACCCGGGACAGGAAGUACCAGGACUGGGGCUGGGAGAUCUUCCAGAACUUCAACAAGUACACCAGGGUGCCAACGGGAGGGUACACCUCCAUCAGCAACGUCCGCAACCCCGAGAACCCGGACCCCAGGGACAAGAUGGAGAGCUUCUUCCUGGGCGAGACCUUGAAGUACUUCUAUCUCCUGUUCUCUGAGGACUUCGACCUGAUUAACCUGGACAAGUACGUUUUCAACACUGAGGCUCACCCGCUGCCCAUCUGGGUGUCCUCCUGAGAGCCGGGGGCGCGGGGGAGCUUGUGACCUGUACAAACCUCAGGGCUAGGAUGAAACAGAUGUUUUUUAAGCCAUGAAGGUGUCAUCCCCAGUCGGUUCUGCAGCACACACGGAUUACUGUUCUUUCUUCCAAACAAAAGCGGUGACUCUUUUUUUUUUUUUUAGAAAAACCUGAUAUUGUAGGAUUGAAGGCUUCGAGGCAAUUAUGUAAAGUUCGUUUUUUCCUAAAGUCUGGCAUUGCGAGCGGCGUCCCCGGGGAGAUAUUUUGUCCUGGUGCCGACUACCUUAUUUAAGCCUUUCACAAAAUCCGUAAAGAAUGAGGCCUGUCUUUCCUGGGGUGAAGACCUGUACUGGUAAAAGAAUCUUUCAUUAUGUCUCAGAAACCUGGUUUUCAGCUGUGCAGAGUGAAGCACGGAGCCAAAAUACAGAUUGAUAGCCAGAAGGUUGUCUACGGCCAAUGAAUACCUUGUCCCAGUGUGCAUGACAAUCGUUACCAUCUAUAAACCGUGUGUCACAGACCUGCUGCCCCUGCCCAGGGACCAGGGCAGACAUGAGGCGGGUUCGUGGGCAUCCAGCCCUUAAAGACACAGAGCGCAGCUCCAGCAGCAGCCCGGGGCUGGAAGGCCCAGCUCUCUGGCGAGCCCCAAUUUUGUUCUUACCCGCCUGGAAAGAGGACGUCUCUCUCUCUCUCGCCCCCACCUCCUCCUGCCUGGGUGUGUGCCCUCAUGACGCCCGGGGGAGUGCGAUGAGGCUGGACAUCUGGGCUCCUGCUUGCAAGCCGGUGCCGGACACGAACGGGACAGCGCGCGGGUCAGGAGGUACCUAUGGUUUUGUCCACGGAGGACUUCUAAUUAACACUGUGAAACUCUUGUGUUUGGAAAUGCCAAGCACAUGGUGAUGUAUUUCCUUUUCCAUUUGGUUUCGAGGGGUGUAGCUCAGCUCCAGCUCGGGUUUCUCGUGGAGUGCUGUAUAUUCUAACAGGAUGUAGGGUAGCACAUGGGUCUCUAGGCCAGAUCUUUCUAAUCACUCGUUGGGGACCACACUGCAAAUGAUAGCUCAAGAUUAUUUAUUGCCAUGUGUUCCGUCAUGAGGUUUAUUUAUAGGCACAUGUUGAAUGUAUUUUUUUGUACAAAUGAUUCUGUGUUUUUUGAAUAAGCACUUUUUGUCUUGGGUGAACACAAUAAGAGUGAAUUUUUCCAGAUCUGGGAACGGUGACAGCCCAUGUUCUCUGCAGCCAUGCGGGCGGCGUUAAGGGUUGUGCGUGCUGGAGCAGACACGUGGAUAAGAUGGUUAUGGACUUUGUUUCUUUUGAGUAACUCUGCCAUAAGUGGUGGCUUCAGUGUAGUGCCAGCUUGCUGUUGGAGUGGUUGUUUGCACUUUAUAUUUAUCGUGCAGAUGGUCAGUCUGAUUUCACAUGCCUAUUUCGCUUACAAAUGGAAUUUGUUAAAUUAUCUAGUUUCUAAUGUUAAGGUGUUAAAACAUUAGUUUGGUAGAUUGCUGCUGCUCACAACAAUAGACGUGAUCAUGGCACAAAAGGUUGUGAUUUGCUUUUUAAUAUAUGCGUCUCACAACAUUGUAGUUCAUUCCAGUAGGAUGAAAGAAUUGCAUAGAAUUUAGCUUGUAGUCCUAGUAUUGACCAUUGACCAUGGACAAUUGUGAAGACCAUAUUUCCACUGUACUGUAUGUCUUUGGCUUUGGCCUAAUGCAGUUCUCAAACCUGCCAGGCUCCUUUGGUGAAGGUGACAGGUUAUAUUAUAUAUUAUAAUGAGUGAUUGCCAAAUGAUGGGAUUUAUGGUAUUUGUUCACCAAGGAACGUAAAAAUGCCAGAAGAAAGACUUAUUUAAACAUUCUUCUUUUUCCCUCCACUGUAUGCACGGACACUAAGUGGCUUUAAGACUACUGAGACCUAAACUAUAAAGAAGAGUAAGUGUUUAGUAAACCGAGAACAGAGUACAGUGCAACGAUUAUUAUCUGUUGCACUUCAUAAUAUACUCAAUCUUGGUUCCUAUGCAGGGUGCCGAACUCAUGAGGCUUCUUGUAAUACAAGAGGAAAAUAACUUCCUGAUCUCAAGGAAUGCAGAGCAGAAUCUUGUUUUUAUUUGAAACGCCAGCUGGUCUUUUGGCACAGAAGCGCUUUCUCUUUGUGUUCCCCUGCAUUACAGCUUUAUUCUUAGAAGAAGCAACAUAGAUUUUUGUAGUUUAAAUGGUAAAAUCCCUGUUGCUUUAGACCUUGAGCUCGAGUAGAAUACACGUUUUAGAUUUUGACGAGAGUUCACUGCACAGAAGAGAAGAAUCAUGCUGUCAAACAGCUCUCUUAUCUACAUUGCAUUCAGAACAAGUUUAAAUGUCUCACCCUGCUGGUAUCAGUGUUAAGUCUGAACACAAACUGACCUUUUCAAAACCAAGGGCCUCUCGGUAUGCAGGUAGCUGCAGGAUACAAGUACAGUCUAACUUGAGAAACCAGCUCUAACUUGUAAACUGCUGCAAAGGUGGACAUUUUUACUUGGUUUCUCAAAACCAUUUUGUGGUGUUUUAUUUUGUCUUGCUGACAGGUGUCCCAAGAGAGCAUUUGUAAGGAGAGUCCUUUCCUUAUUGUGUAGCGUAGGACUGUGAACAUCUGUGUGCUGUGGACCAUGGUGAACUCUCCACUCCUGGGUUAAAAUGAUGAACUAUGAAUUUAUUUGUAUACAUAUUAGAAAUCACAUGAUUUACGGGAAUCCAAUACAAACGUCCAUGCAGUGUUUUCAUACAGCACAUAGCAGUCACAUAAAACAUUGGGGUUGCUGUGUACUUUCAGUAAAGCUGAGUUAACGGUCUGUGUUUAAGCAGAACCCCUUAAAAUACUGUGUCAUUGUCAAAAUGGGCAACGUUCAUUGGAACAUUGGGAGAAAUGUUUUCAGACACUUCCAGUGUUUUCUUGGAGGUUAGGGCAAGACCCACGAAAGAGUUGUCCACUUGAAAUAGCAUCUAUGCUGUUUAAGAGGGUAGGUUUUUUUUGGGACGGGGAGUGUGUUUAAAAUCGAAACCUUUUAGAGGGAUGCAUCCUUUCUGGCUAUGUCCUGUCCUGUUGAGGAAAGUCUUUCUCUGAAUCCCGGUUACUGAAUAUGCCUUCCUAGCCUUCAUGCCCAACUACUGGCUUUGUACAAUAUGAUUGUUUUCCUGGGCUGGGGCUCUUUGACUUGGCACGUGCGGGUCGAGUCGAGGUCAUCCCACGCUUCUGUGGUCCAGUAGUGCUGGCAGAUGUCAAAGGUCCAAGUGAAGUGUCUUUGUUGGGAAUUAGUUUUUUUGGGAGGUGGGGAGAUACUUGACUGUAUUGCAGAACUGUAGCCAUCCCUAACUGUACUCUUAGAACUUAAACUCCCCUAACGUGUGAAAUGCACAUCUUUUAUUGUAGAUAUUUUUGUUACACCCGCUACAAAAACAACAUCCCGUCUUGGUAAACGGCUUUGUUUUGCACCUAGGAGUGUGUUCAAGAUAUCGGCUCAAGAGGAGCUAGAUUUAUAAACUUAAAUUCCCUCCAUUAGGUUUGAAUUCAUAACGGGUUAAGGUUCAAGGUCACUAGUGAACAAUCUCAUACACACAGAGCCUUUGGUGCCACUUCUGGUCCUUCAAGCUCGAUUCAUCAGCUGAACAAAACCAUUCUGCUCGAGUAUCAAAAACCAAAGAGCUGUGUAAUUUCCUGCAUUUUUGUUCAAAACAACUUGAAGCGUGCUUUUGAAAAAGCAGACUCGAAACUGUCACUUUCAUUACUAAUGAAGGGCAUGAUAUUUAAGAUAUCUCAGAGGACUGUGCUUGGUUAGCACUGGGAUCUUUCCUCAGCACUGUCUAGCUGUGUGAGCUGAUACUUUGUCCAUAGCAAUGUGUGCAAAAGGUGCAUAACCUGGACAUGUUCCUGUAAAGAGCUGACUCUUAUUUAUGGACAUGAAGGCCGGCGAGCGCCAAGCUCCUGGUCCAGCUAUCUGCUGCGGCACAGUUUCGCUCUUUGUUAUAAACCCUGUACAGAAAUGUUGAGAUUUGGUAAGCCAUUUUGUUCUGUAAUAAAACAAAUCAGAGCCAUUUUA